CCCUUCUGUCCCUGGAGAGCUACGAGAUGUCACUUCCGGGGCGUUACCGAGAACCUGAUAAGGAAGUGACGUAGAGCUCACGCUGGUGGCGUGAUGGAGCAGCAGCAGCAGCAGCAGCAGCAGCAGCAAUUGAGAAACCUGCGGGACUUCCUUUUGGUCUACAAUCGGAUGACGGAACUCUGCUUCCAGCGCUGCGUGCCCAGCCUGCACCACCGAGCUCUGGAUGCUGAGGAGGAGGCAUGUCUGCACAGCUGUGCCGGGAAGCUGAUCCAUUCUAAUCACCGCCUCAUGGCCGCUUACGUGCAGCUCAUGCCUGCCCUGGUACAGCGCCGCAUGGCAGACUACGAGGCUGCCUCAGCUGUGCCACAUGCUGCUGCUGAACAACUGGAAACCUCACCAUCAGGCAGCUCGCCAUCCGCAAACCUCGGGAAAGGAGGCGCUGGAUGAACCCUCAAAUUAAAGGAGCCAGUGGACCUAGGGCUGGGUGCAGCCUGUGUAUAGCAAGUGAGGAGUUGUCCGAGAGCUGGGUACUGUUGCUCCUCUUCCUGGAGCUAAUAAACCCACUUUUCCUCUG